UGGACAUGAUGAGCUACAGCAGAGCCUGGCCCACGACCAAUGGAAUGCCUGCUGCCGCUGGCCCCAUGCCGCACGUGCAGGUGCCCGUGCCACAAGGCAUGCACUCGAACCACCAGAACGUGCAGAACGUGCAAAACGUGCAAAACGUGCAGAACGUGCAGAACGUGCAUCAAUCGUGUCAACCGGUGAUAUGUCAACCCAUGCAGCCUUGGCCGCGUCAAAAUAAGGAGUCUCAACCUUUUAACGCUUUGGACAUGCACGAAGUGACCACUGCCGUUGAAAGUUUGUACGCGGAUGAGUUGAAACCUUACGGCCGAAUCUUGCGAAAGAGGUUGGCCGAGAAGGCUGCCACAAUGGGCUAUGCGAAUUUGGACGUUGACAUCAAACGUUUGAAGAGUGUUUGUGACACUUGCCCAUGGAUCUUCGUGCAAGCAGAAGAAGGUGGUGAUUGGUCGGCUCUUCUUCAGAACCGCCCCUUUCACAAUGCCUUUGUCGAUGUUUACAGUCCACAAGACUCCUAUCCUUUGAAGAUGUGGCAAGCCGCAGAAGACUACUUUGAGAGUUUGGAUGAUGCGCACAUGGUUCUUCCAGGAGGGCGAUACUCGUGUGCACAAGCUCUCGUAUCACGGGGUCUGGACUUCUUACACAAGCGAUCCUUGGGGCAGGUGUGUCACAUCGUGCAAUUGGCCAUCUCCCAAAAGAAGCUACUGGGCUAUUUGAAUGGUGCGGUGGUUCCAUACAAGCGCUCUCAGUCCAUGAUCAAGGAGCGCUGUGCAGAGAAGCAGAGGCCAUGCACCAACACCACACGCAGCAGUUCUGACUUGGCGGACUGGGACAAGGUGAAGACUGGGCUUCGGGAGAUUCUCGUCAGUUUGAGCCCAGGGACCAGCACGAUCCCUUUGUCCAACGUGAAGCGUUUGUUCCGCUCUCGGUACCAUACUGAGCUCAGCGAAACCGCCUUGGGACAUUCCAAGCUCUCAGAACUCCUGCAGGAUCCAAAAUUGAAGGACAUUUGCCAUGUACGUUUGCAAGGCCAUGGCUAUGUGGUGGGUCCAGCUGGUCCAGUUGGUCCACUCGGUGGUCCAACUCCCAAUGUUCAGCCUCAAAAUCAGCAUGGUCAACAUGGUCAACAUGGUCAACAUGGUCAUGGAAAAGGUGCUCAGGUGGUGGCAAGCUAUCAAUCCACUCAUCAGCAGCCGUUGAUGCAAGUGCCUGUGGCACCUGCUCCCAAGUGCAAUAUGGGCAUGAUUCCGCCCACCAACCUGGCACCAAAUCUUUCCCAAGCUGCACAAGGCGCAGUAGUGAUAUCUCAAGCCAUGAGAGAUGCAGCUCGCCCUGAGAAGAACUGCAACAAGUUCUACUAUGACCGACCUGACCUGGCGCAGCCAGGACAUCCCGGAGGACAUCCCGGAGGACCUCAUCCAGGGCUCUACGAGAACGAGCGCAGCGAUCGCCCCUCUUUGCGUGAUCGCGCCCACUUUGUGCCACCUGCGCCUUUGACCAUGGAAGAUGUGGAAGGGGAAGCUCCUCGGAUGCAGGUUCCAUGGAAGUCGCCAUCCCCCGCGGGUUCCGGAACCUUGCGAUCCCGCCGCGAUCAUUUUGAAGCCACUGUGAGCAUGGGUCUUGAUGAGAUGACCUUGCCAGGAGUACCCAGCACACCGCUGCCACAACUGAUGCCUGCCACCCCAGAUACUCCCGGCUUCCCCAAAUGGAGUAACAACCGGGCGCCAGAUGGCGUGGCUCAAUUCAGCGUUCAGAACACUUUCAUCCAUUGUCCCAUGCCCCCAAGCACCCCUUGUCAGGGCCGCUCUCAGUCCUUGCCACGCAAUCUCUACCAGCGCUCAGAGGAUGAUGCCGAAUAUGCCGAUUGGUCCAAGUCGGAAGCUUUGUCCCAACACCAAUCAGCUGCAGCCAACCGGCUGAUGUCCGCUGCAGCUGCUGCUGCCGAUCCCUUGGUGCCCAUGGUGAACCAAAAGGUGCAUCCGAUCUCUGCAGCACCACAACCGCCCAGUCAUUGCCAGCUGGGCUCGGGAUGCUCACAGGGAUUUCAUCCUCAAAACUACACCAAUCCCGCUUCGGGGGCUUCGACGAUUCGCUUGGCUGACCUCCUGUGAACCGGAGUCAGGAUGGGUAGAGAAGUCAGAAGAAGUCAGUAGAAGUCAGGACUGGUGCCGACUGGUGCCGACUGCACGAAAGAUGGCAAGAGAACUGAUUCUGACUCUCAGGCUGAGCUGGUGUGAUAAGGCCGCGCCCUUGAGGUAAACUCACACCUUGUAGUAGACGAAAUGUCCGCUCACUGAGAGACCCCUCUAGUUCUUCAAAGCUUGUGUUUUUGUGGUUCAAAGUGCAGAGACCCUGUU